AUGGCUGAUAAAGCUAGAUUGGAGGAGGAAAAGGCCAAGGCUGAGAGAGAGUUAGAGGAACAACAACCUUUUAAAGUUGUAGUUGAGGUGCCUGUUGCUAAUGUUGAUGGUGGUGAUAUGGAGUAUGUUAGAGAGUUUGACACUCCAGAAGCUGAUGAGGUAUUCCCAGGGGCAUCUCAGCCUGAGCCUGAACAGACCCAAAUCUUCAAGUGCAAGAAAAAAAACGACUCCUCAAAAAAGGAAAAAACAACACCCAAAAAAAGGUCAACUGGAAGAACCCAACUCUCCCCUCAACCACAAAUAACCCCAACACCUGAACCACCACUUUCUCCUGAACCAAGAACAACUCCACCACCUCAAUCACCUGAAGCUGCAGUUGAACUUGAAGCAGGAACAUCUGAACCUCCACCACCUCCACCACCUAAGAAAUCCAAAAAGGUGGGAAGGUCAAGACCACUAGGGUUCAGAACAAAAAAGAAGAGUGGGAAAGGGGUUGAUGGGGGAAGCUAUGAGAGGGUCAGUUUAAGGAGAUCUAAAAGAAUUAGGAGGGAUCCAACUAGGGUUGACAGUAGUGAGGAUGAUAGAUCUGAUGAUGAUGACAGUGAGGACUCAGAUUACAUAGAAUCUGGUAGUGAAGACUUUGAUGAUGCUGAUGAUCUUGGGGACUUCAUAGAAGAAGAGGAACAAUAUGAAUUCUUGUAUGAUGACAUCCUAGACAAAUAA